AUGGCAGGUACAAGAGGGAGAGGGGAAAUGGUGGGCGUGGAUGCCUCCGUCGGGGAAGAAGAAGGCGAUCGCGGCGAUGCGAUCCUGCGCUCGCUUCCUCGCGCUCCGGCAAACGCUCCCGAAGAAGGAUAUGAAGUCGAAUGCGUCGACGAAUGCCCAUACAUCAAGUUUCAACACGCUUCAAAGCUUAGCAUCGCUCCGCUGCUCAACGCUUCGUCUUCUUCUGCAGCUUCACUGCCCGCCCCCCUGCGCGCCGGGAGGUGUACAGACAGCCUGUGUCUUCUGCACUGUUGCGGCGUACUGCUUCUGCCUGGACUCGACAGCCUCGUCGCGGUCGACGCGACAGAAGCUGCUUGCGGAACUCUCAUUUCGCGAGGCCGCCUUCCGCUGCGUGCGUCGGGAGAGGACCACGCCGAGAAAGGUGCCUUUCCCUCUCUUCUUCUCCUGAGCCCCGACGCGCGGCUGCUGGCGGUUGCCGUCGGCCACCAACUGAAGCUCGUCCAAAUCGGCGUGUGCCGACAUGCGACAGCUGCGAAGAAGGGCUGUGGAAACUCGGUCGAAAAGAGCGAGGAUGUCGGUGCUGGCGAGAAGCAGAAGCCGUGCUGCAUUUUCGAGGAGGCGGACGUCCUCACCCUGGCGCGUUUCCCCUCCCCCGUGAAAGACAUCUCUUGGUUUUCUGCGCCCGCUGGAGAAGGACACGCAACCCACACAGUCGGCGAAGGCGAACGAGGAGAGACGGAAGCGCUGGUGGGGUUAGCUGUCUUGACAGCCAAUGGAGAAGCUUUCCUUUUGUCUCCGAAUGCUGCUCGGGCCGUUCCGCUCCCUGCGCACGGCCUCGCGAUCCAAGCCUUGCCGACGGGACUGGGGGACGCCGAGAAGGGACAGGACGGCCGGUGGGGACACGCGCCCCUUACCGCGGUUGUAAGCUGCUGUGCGCCGGCGUCCCUUUGGCUAGUUGGUCUCCAAGGGAGCGAGGCGCCGCUCCCAGGAGGCAGCGGCGAGCACGGUGACCAGCUGUACGACUUUGGAGACGGAAAAGAGAGACAGGAGACCGUGAAGGGGGCGGCAAGGCAGGGGACACGGAGAAUUCGAAUUGAGGGCCUCGCCGCAAUACCCGGAUACGAGGACGAGGCCCAAGCACUCCAGAAAGGGCUGGGCCGCAUCGUGGGCGUGCACCUUCUCGCGUCUUCCGCCCCAGACGCGGCGGAUGUCGAGGGCCCUCUGCCGCUGGCGGUCGCGUGGUUCGCGCCCGAUGCUGAGCUGUCGGUCGGCGACGACGAGUGGGAGAAGCCGGAAGUUGCGCGCGACAGUCUCGUCGAGCCGCGCGCGGAUCCGCUGCAGGAGGUCCGUGACGCAGACUGUGAAGAGUCGUGGAGCAGUUUCCUGUUCUUUGGGUUCCUUUUCCGGCGCGCUGGCGCGCUCGAGGGCGGGGACGCGAAAGCUGGACGAGGCGAGCCCGCGAACGAGGCUGGCGAUGCAGACGCCGUUUGCUUUCACAUCUACGCAGCGAGUCGCAAUGAACUGUUCUUGCGGUCAGUCACCGCGUCCACGCUCUGCCGGUUCCUCUGGAUUCCCACGUGGCAGUGUUUGUGGGUGUUCACGAACGCGUGCACGCAAAUCAUUUGCUUCGCACUUCCCCACGUCUUCUCCCGGACGCCGUCUUCCACACUCCCCGCGCCGCGCGCCUCCUCGCUGGUCGGGUCGGACGCGCUGACCUGGCGCUGCUUCACGAUGCCCGAGGGCCGAGGCCUCGAGACUGCAGACGAAGACGCAUUUCCCCAGGGGCUCGCACUCUUUGUCGACUUCCAAGAGAAAAUGUUCAGAGAGCAGGCAACCACAGACACGCCUCCCCUCGAGCACCCGCCGGUCUUUUUCCUUCUUCAGUCCGACGGCCAGGUCUGUGUCCAUUUGGCAGACUGCUGCGAAUGCUACGUGGACGACGAGGGCGUCGGACAGGAGAAACGGCUGCUCCCUCGUCUCGGGUGGACGCCAGCGUCCCCCCCGUCUUCCUCGCUUUUGACGGCGUGGAGGGAAGCGCGGAGGCGCACCCGAGAGAGGACAGAAUCCUCGGCAACAACCGCCACGGCGCUCCCUCCGAUUGCGGCGUCUUCGCAGGCUCCUCUUGCUUCGCCGCUCUUCGCUUCUCUGCAGCAGGGACAGCCAACCCCGUCUCUUUUCGGAACACCAGACACAAGCGCUUCGUCAGGGCCGUCCCUCUUCUCUUCCUCGUCAGGGCCGUCCCUCUUCUCUUCCUCAUCGGGGCCGUCCCUCUUCUCUUCCUCAUCGGGGCCAUCCCUCUUCUCUCCUUCGUCAGCACCUUCUCUGUUUUCUUCAUCUUCCUCCGCUUCCCCUUCUUCUUUGUUCACUGCGGUAAAGAACCAGGGGGAAACAAGGAAGGCCAGCAGUCUGUUUCCAAGCGAGGACCCGAAGCCGGUCCCUCCUGGUUCGUCUGCUCAAUCUUCUUCUUCUCAAUCGUCAGCUUCGGCCUCCAACAGUCGGCACCACCAUGGCGCGAAGUCUGCCCCCGCAGCGAAGCCUUCGAGAGAGAAAGGCGAGAGGAAGAACGACCCGGCGCGAGCGGAGUUGCAGCGCACGGCGCAUGCAAACCCUGCAGGGACCGUGUCUCAGAAGAAGGGGAGCUCGUGCAUGCACUGUGGGGCGGAGGCUGGUGGCCGCGGCGGCACCCGAGACGCGGAGAGACGGCGAGAGAACAGAGAGGAAGAGAAGAGACGGCGGCGAGAGAACAGAGAGGAAGAGAAGAGACGGCGGCGAGAGAAGAGAGAGGAGGAGAAGAGGCGACGACGAGAGGAAACGAAGAGCACGUCUCUCGACCAAGCAGCGAAAUCAACAAGCGAGAUUGCUCAGGCGACGCUCCAAGCUGCUCUGGGGAGCAAGGGAGGGAAAGGCGAGCGAGAAAAAACAAGGAGGCGCAUUUCCUGGACUCAAGAGCAAUCGGAGAUGAUGCACUUGCUCGACGAGUUCGACGAGAAAAAGGGCGCUUUCUGCUCCUUCGCCCGCUUCCUGCCGUCCUCUCUCUUCCGGCCCCUUCUUCUCUCUGCUCGCUGCUUUGAGACCGCUUUGCGAAACGAAGAACGCCGAGAUGUCCUCCGCGACUCUUCCUCUUCUUCCGCUGCUCUUGCUUCGCUUUUGGCGGGCCGCGAAGGCGACGCGAAGCCGUCUGAAGGACGGCCAAAAGAGCACAGGGGUCUGUUUUUGUUGCCAAUCGCUGCUGAGAGGCUCGUGUGCACUGGGAAAAUGACAAACAAGUUGGGGGCGGAACAGGCGAAAAUGCGCGAGAAACAAGACCAGGAAACACAACUGGUGGCGAAGCUUCAAGCGGCUCAGCAGCAUCUCGUGGCCUGGCGCAGCUGCCUCGAGGCCGUCCGAGGGCACCUGCUGCUGCGCAUGCAGGCGGGCGAGUGCAGACGCGAGACUCGCGAAGGGGACGGGGCAAAUGGAGAAACUGCAAACGGAGAGCCUGGGAAUGAAAAACAAGUUACGGAGAAACAAGUCGUGGCGUCCAUCCAGACGCUGCAGAGGGAAUCGGCGGAGCGCGAAACUCUGUUUCUAGCCCUUCGCACGCUCCUCACGGAGCCCCACAACGGAGGAGAGUCGACGAACACCACAGACCCGGAGCACACCGUAACACGGUUGGAAGCUGCGCUCGUGCGAGCAGAGCGCCGUCUUCUUCUCUUGCUCCAGCGCUUUCGCUUCUACGGUUCCUGUCAGCCCCGUCGUGCGUCCGCGCUUCGGACGGAUUCUGGAAAUCCUCUCGAGCAUCGGCCCGCCUUGCCUGCGCCCGUUCCUUCGCCCGACAGCCGAGAGGGCUCUUCGUCCCUCGCGUCUGCUGACUUCUCUGACCGCCCCUUAUCAGCGUCGCGCUGCAGAGCGGAAGUUGCAGAAGAGCGAUCGAAUCGAGGAAGCGUGGUGGAGGCAGCCGCCCAGUCUUUUGGCCGCGCAAAGAGACCCGGCAGCUCGUUUGGCCUUCGAUUCGACUUGCUCGAAGACGAGACGCGAGACAAGAGACAAGACGGAGAAGAGUCGAGCAGCGCUCGGCUUCUCGCCCCUGGGAGUUGUCCCUCGUCGCCCUUUCCUGCUGUUUCGCGCUCUUCUGCCUCUGAGUCAGCGGCCGAGGUGGACGGUAGGGCGUCCCCGCGGAAGGACCAGUCGCAAGCCGCUGUGUCUCCGCCAUCCGCGUUCCACCUUUCGCUCUUUGGAUCGGCUCCGCCGAGAUGUGCAGCAACUGUCCGCCGAUCGCACUUCCCGCUGGGCGCCGGGGAAGCCGGCGUGUACAGACUCCUGGGGCGUGAAGGCGAGUUUCUUGGAACGCAUGCAGAGACGCCGCAUGCGGCGGGCCUCGCGAACGAGCUCCAGCGCUCAAUUAGCACGUUCCUCUCUUCUGUUCGCCAACUGGAAACCGCCUUGGCAAAGCUGGAAUGGCGUGCGACAGAUCUGCAGUCGCCCCCUCGCGCCUCGGCCCCUGCUUCCUCGGCGCCCUCGUCCUCUCACGUCUCGUUUGCGGCUUCACUGGAUCGUCUUGCCUCGAGUCUCGCAGAAACGCCGACGCGCACUGGUGGAGCAACGGUGGAUGCUCAGGCCAUCGCGGAGACAGGCAAACACGACUGCAUGCAGCGGUCGGUCGGGCGAGACAGGGACGAGCGAGAGAAUCUGAUCUCUGCUUCUUCCCUGAGAGAACAGACGCUGCGGCGGGAGGAAAGACGACGAAUGCGCAUGCAACUUCUCGAGGAGUGGCGCGCAACGUCGAGCGCCGACCAAGACGAGGAAGAAACUGAAGAAGACACAGAGGAAGAAGAGGCCAGCGAAGAGGAAGAAGAAGAGGAACAAGAGGACGAGGAAGAGAGUGCCGCUUUUGAAAUUUUGGAGGAGUCGAGCUCAGUGACUUACAACGAAGAAGAGGAAGACAGCGACGACAGUUGGGAACCUGCAUCUCCGCGCCUCGCUUGA